GGAAGAAGGGGGGGGCUGGCACCGGCUAUAAAGGCAGAGCUCCCCGGAGCAGCCGGCACUUCCCCGCCACCAUGAGCGCUCCCCUGGCCUGACAGCCCCUGCUUCCCCGGGGCUCGCCGGCUCAUGCCACCAUAAAGCGGGGCUGCGUGCCUGCGGCAGCACCAGGGUGGGAUGGUGUGAGCCCGGAGCAGCUCUCCUCCCUCCCACCGCCCCUCGGCUGGCUCUGGCAGGAGGCGAGCCCGCCAGCCGCUUGGAUGAUUUGAUUUCUUCCCUGCCCGAAAUUACUCCUGCCCAGAUGCAGUGGAUAAUAUUCAUGUUGCUGUUAUUCAUCAGCUCCAUGGAAAUGCUCACGCAGAACCGAUGGAAGAAGCAAGUGAGCGCCGGCCUGCUGGAGAACUGCACGGGCUGCGUCCUAUGCUCGGAGGACAACGGCUGCAUCACCUGCCACCACCGGCUCUUCCUGCUCAUCUGGAGGGACGGCAUCCGCCAGUACGGCAUGUGCGUCCACACCUGCCCCCCCGGCUACUUCGGUGUGCGAGGGCUGGAGGUCAACAGAUGCACAAAGUGCAGGUCGCCCAGCUGCGAGAGCUGCUUCAGCAGAGACUUCUGCAUGAAGUGCAAAGACAAGUUUUACUUGCACAAGGGCCAGUGUUUUCGGCAGUGCCCCCCCAGCACCACGGUGCAGCCCGGCACCCGCGAGUGCCAAGAGACGUGCGAGCCGGGACCGUGGAGUGAGUGGAGUGCCUGCACCCAUGAAGGCCGGACCUGCGGCUGCAAGUGGGGUGUGGAGACACGGGUCCGGGAGGUGCCGGGUGCUGCCCGGGAGGAGGGGGCCGCCUGUCCUGCGCUGCUGGAGACGAGGAAGUGCCGGAUGAGGAAGCACUGCCCGGGAGUUGUGAAUACGGAGGGUUGAGACCCACAGGAGAGGUUCCUGCCAAAACCUCUGAGCCCCCAAAAUAUCUGGAGAGCUUGCGCAGCUGGAGGGCAUCACCCAAGGAAUUUCAGAUGGCCAAAGCUUUGGGAGACACCCCAGGGCAGGGUCUGACUCCGUGGCUCGCCUGGCCAGAUGUUUGCCCCUUCUCCUGCACCUCCUCCCACCGUGGCAGCACCGCGUCCCCCAGGCUGGGGGCUCCCCGGCACGGGGCUCCCCGCCACCUCUCACAGCACCAAGACCUGGCGCGGGGUCCGGCCGGGCAGCGUGGGCGCGGGUGCGUGGCUGGCGAUGGGAACCAGGAGGCGGCUGAUGUCAUUUUUGGAUGCGACCGUCUGGACCGAAGCUGUUCUAAUAAAUUUCCGCUUAAUAACUGGCAGAAAGAGGGAUUGCAUGAGAUACCGAUCUGUAGGGCCUGGAAGGAGAUCUAAGCCGCCGGCCCCAGCGGUGCAGAGGUCUGCGGUUCGGAGCUGCGGGCUCGCUAUGUGCCGUGGGACGCGCCGGCCGGCACCGCCAGCGCGGCGGGGGCCGAGGGCGGCAGAGGAAAGGACUGCAAGGGGGGGGAAGAGAAAAAGGAUGGAGAAAGGGGGACAAUAACAGAAGCCGUGCGUGCUGGGGCUGGGGAGCCAGGAGAGCAGCUUCGUCUCAGCAUCAUCAAUCAUAAAUAAUAUUUUCCUGCUGACAGCACGGAGGAGCUGAUUUCCAUCCCCGCCCAGGCCCCGACUCACAGCUUCGGGGUGCCAGGUGGCAUCAAUUUCGGGGACGUUCCCCUCCCUGCCGGGCUGCGCUGGCUCCGGACCCGGAGAGCUGGUGACAGUUUGAUGCGGCGAGUUUGGCGUGGGAGGACAGGCUGCUCCGGAGCACGGUGUCCCACGGCACGGUGCCAGGCGGGUGCCUGCGGUGCCGUGCUUGCGCCCAGCCCUGCCUGGCACGCAGCGGGUCCU